CCUGCACAGCUCUCACAGAUGCAGGCCAUGAGGUGUGUGAUCACCAGGGACAAUACUCUGUAGAUAGUGGACAUUUCUUAAGUGUUGUUCACCACUGACAAGAUUGAAGAUACACUGUACGAUUGAAGGAGAGCCAGAUCUGGCAAAAUGAACCAGCUUCUGCCGGUUUUCGGUCCAAGGGUCCCGUUCAGUAAGCCAAUCCAGGGAGGAUUGAAAGAUGGUAUGACUAUUACUGUAUGUGGACGAGUUUUGCCUAAUGCAGACAGAUUCCAUGUGAAUCUCCAGCGUAAUUCUGAUGUCGUACUGCACAUUAACCCUCGCUAUACGUGGUUCUGGAUUUCCUAUGGUUACGUAGUUCACAACAGCUGUCAGAAUGGGACGUGGGAUUGGGAGGAAAACAAGUCUGAAACUCCCUUCCCGAGAGGCCAGACGUUUACUCUGCAGAUUGUUGUCACCCAGGAUUCUUACAAGAUCAGUGCCAAUGGGAAACCCUUCUCAGAGUACAAGCACCGUAUGCCUUUCCAAAAUGUGGACAGCAUCUUCAUUGGUGGAAUGGUGGAACUGAGUUUAGUGGCCUUCCAGCAUCUUGCACCCCAUCAUGCUGCUCCUCUGGGAUCUUUUGUAAGUUAUUUUAAACAUUUACAUAAUCCAACAACUCACAAUUCACACAAAUAAAUGAUGCAUUUAUCACACACACA